AUGAUGAGUUUCAAAAGAGCCUUAUUACUCUCGGCCUUGUUGCUUUUUUGUAUAUUCUACUUGUAUCCACGAUCACACUCACCCUCAACAUUUGAAGCCGAGCCAUCGCCAGCUUCACUGAAGGAGCAUGGCACCCCCGGAGAGAAAACACCCACCAAUCAACCGCCCGCCCACAACUCCAAGCCUAUCUCUAAAGAUCUUACAGACCGCCCGCGAAAAGUUUCAUCGGGAGCUGAUACACCCACAAAACAACAACAAACCUCCAUAUCUAACUUGGCGAACCUUCCCUUGAAGGAGCAACUUGUCCAUCAAUUUCCAUACCAUGUGCAGUCAAAAUUUCCUGCGUACAUUUGGCAAACAUGGAAAUAUACUCCAGCCAGUGCGGAGUUCAAAGAAGAGUUUCGCAUCACCGAAGCCAGCUGGACCGAGAAGCAUCCGGACUUCGUACAUGAGGUUAUUACAGAUCAGGUUGCGAACCAUUUAAUAAGACAUCUUUACUCGGGCGUUCCCGAUGUCUUGGAUGCUUAUGAUGCUCUACCGUUGCCGAUUCUCAAAGCCGAUUUUUUUCGAUAUCUCAUCUUGCUCGCCCGGGGCGGAAUAUACGCCGAUAUAGAUACACUUGCCUUGAAACCAGCUACUGAGUGGCUUUCAGACAACUUUAAGCUCAGCGAUGUCGGGAUGGUCGUUGGAAUUGAGGCAGAUCCUGAUCGUGAAGACUGGAGCCAAUGGUACUCAAGAAGAAUACAGUUCUGUCAAUGGACGAUUCAAUCGAAACCAGGCCACCCUGUCCUACGGGAAAUUGUUGCCAACAUCACGAUGGAGACUUUGGAUCGCAAAAAGGCAAAGAAACUUUCGAUAGAUCACGAUAAUGUCGUGGAGUGGACGGGCCCAGCAGUUUGGACUGAUGCAGUAUUUGAGUACUUCAACGACGAGACUUUCUUCGACAUGAGCGCCUCUACAGGUGGUAUCUCCUGGAAAAAUUUUACCGGAAUGAAAGAACCCAAGAAAGUUGGGGAUGUGGUGGUUUUGCCUAUAACCAGCUUUUCUCCCGGGGUUGGCCAAAUGGGUGCCGGAGAGAUUGAUGAUCCAAUGGCUUUUGUUCACCAUAAUUUUGAAGGAUCAUGGAAACCGGAAUCGGAACGCAUAAAUCCUCCCAGUAAAUGA